AUUUACGCGUAGCAUUAGCUCGCUAGGAGAAAUGUAUAAAAGAUUUUGUCGCCUGAGCUUAGGUAUCAGUCGCUCAUUAGGUUCGAGGUAACAGAAGUAGUCCAAAAAAUCAUCAAAAAUGAAACUGGUUGUACUCACCGUUGCCGCCCUCCUGGCCGUCGCCUUCGCCGCGCCGCCCGUCGCCUUCGCCGCGCCGCCCGUCGAGCAGCAGGUGGUCGAAAUCCUUCGUUCCGAUUUCAACCAGUCGCCUGAUGGUGCUUACAAUUACGCUGUUGAAACCCAAGAUGGCGUGAAAAAAGAGGAGACCGGUGAGAUCAAGGUGGUGAACGACGAGGAGAACAAGCCCCACAACGUUGUCGUCGUCCGCGGUUCCUACAGCUACACCGACAAGGAGGGCGGCCCCCACCAAGUCACCUACGUCGCUGACGAGAACGGCUACCAGCCCCAGAGCGAUGACAUCCCCAAGGCGCCCCACGCUAAAGAUCUCGAUGUGAAACACUGAAAACGUGCCAUGGACUUUACAAGCCAAUUUCAACCUACACACAUUAUUAUGAUACCUAAAGGAUACCAUUAAAAUAUCGUGCAUUUCCCUCCAUGAUUGAAUGCCAUCGUUCGGAUAUCGUUCUGAUGUCCGUGUGCGUUUAAAUUGGCUUACUAGUUAGUUAAAC